AUGGCAGCUGCUGUACGCAGCGUCGCCCGCAACUUCCGGGCCGGCAAACUGCAGCCAGUGCCUUGCGCAAAUCCGGCGGUCUCGUGGCAAGUGAGAUGCGCCUCCGGGGCUGCCACGAUCCGCACACCCGACCCGGCGCCGCCACUAAGCCAGGAGGACUCGAAUCUUAACGACUCGGCCCGUUCCCCCGCGCAUCCGGCGGCGGCCCCGCGUCGGGACCGUAUCCGGGAUGCCAAGCCCUUCUCCGACUUCCUCACAGACACCUUCCAUCGACAACACGACUAUCUACGCAUAUCGGUCACAGAACGGUGUAACCUACGAUGCCUGUACUGCAUGCCCGAGGAGGGCGUGCCCCUCUCGCCCUCCCGGGAACUCUUAACAACACCCGAGAUCGUCAUGCUCUCUUCCCUCUUCGUCUCCCAGGGCGUGACCAAAAUCCGGCUCACCGGUGGGGAGCCGACAGUCCGACGGGAUAUUGUGCCUCUGAUGCAACAAAUCGGGGCGUUGCGCGCCCACGGGCUGCGGGAGUUAUGCUUGACCACCAAUGGGCUCUCGCUACACCGCAAACUCGAGCCUAUGGUCGAGGCUGGCCUGACGGGCGUCAACCUCUCCCUGGAUACCCUGGACCCGUGGCAGUUCCAGCUGAUGACGCGGCGUGCAGGAUUUAAUGCCGUCCAGAAGACCAUCGACCGCAUCUUUGAGUUGAAUCGUGUCGGGGCGGGCAUCAAAUUCAAGAUCAACUGCGUCGUCAUGCGCGGGUUGAAUGACCGCGAAAUCCUCCCGUUUGUGGAGUUGACGCGGGAGAAGGAUGUGGAGGUGCGUUUUAUCGAGUACAUGCCGUUCGAUGGCAACAAAUGGAACGAGGGCAAGAUGUUCAGCUACCAAGAAAUGCUGGAUCUGAUCCGUUCUCGGUAUCCGGGUCUCGAGCGAGUUCAGGGCCAUAAGAACGACACGAGCAACUUCUGCGGCACCUGCAACAGGCUUCGAAUCACAAGUGAUGGGAACCUGAAAGUGUGCCUAUUCGGCAACGCUGAGGUCUCUCUGCGGGACAUCGUGCGGAAGGUUAACAAGGGCGAGCCCAUCGACGAAGCGGCGUUCGAAGGGCUGGAGCAGGCCGCUAUGGAGAAGAUAGCAAGCCUUCCCACCUCCGGCCCUCAGGCCCUGGUCGUGCCCAAUUCCGAGGAACUUCUCAAUGUCAUCGGCGUGGCUGUUAAGGGGAAGAAGGAGAAGCACGCCGGCAUCGGGGAGCUGGAACAUAUGAAGAACCGGCCGAUGAUAUUAAUUGAUGCGUUACCGUCUCAACGGCGCCCCGAGCGCCGAAUUGGCCGACUAUCGACUCCUUUCCAACUCAGUAAACCCGCAAGCCACCUACCGGCGUUCAUGAUACCAUCUCACGCCACCACAACCCACCACCACCACCACCACCACCACCAACCCCGCCUCUUCUCAACCACUCCCACCCGCCCUCUCAGUAACAACGACAACACCACCAACCCCGCACCACCCAAACUAACGCACGUCACCGCCGCCGGCACAGCGCACAUGGUCUCCAUCACGGACAAGAUCCCCACCAAGCGCGUCGCGCAGGCAAAAUGCGCCGUGCGCUUCUCGUCGCGCGCGCCGCUGGCGCUGAUCCGUGCCAACCAGAUGCGCAAGGGCGACGUGCUGGGCGUGGCGCGCGUCGCGGGGCUCAUGGCCGCCAAGCGCACGCCGGAUUUGAUUCCGUUGUGUCACCCCGUGGCGCUGACGCAUGCCGAGGUGGAGUUGGUGCUGGCUGGGGGUGGUGGUGGUGGUGGUGGUGGUGAGGGGACGGAGGGGGGUGGAGGGGAUGAGGUGCAGAUUACGGCGACGGUGUCGUGUGAUGGCAAGACGGGGGUCGAGAUGGAGGCGCUGACGGCUGCUAGUGCUGCGGCGUUGACGGUUUAUGAUAUGUGUAAGGCGGUGGAUAAGGGCAUGGUUAUUGGGGAUUUGAGGGUGGUGCUGAAGGAGGGAGGGAAGAGUGGGCGGUGGUUGGAGGGGGAGAAGGUUGAGUGA